AGCUCAAUGAAUUCCACGGACCCAAUAAGAUACCCUAGAUGAUGUUGCUCGUCUGGCCAUGACGUCAACCGACCAUGUCUCUGCCCAGUUUGCGAUCUCCAGCAACCCCGAAGAACCAUGGCACAAUAGCACCUUCUGUUUCCGGAUAUGGCUGGUUGGGUGCAUCACACACUGGGAAACACUGUUGACGUACCUGGAAGCGUGCCACCGUCAAUCUGACAUCACCUGCAACAUGCUGCUCCUGUCUUUGCCUAUAUAGCGUUGCCAUCGCUCUCUAUUCGCCUCUACAUCUUCAAUCAUUCAGACAAUCAAUUCAGACUUGCAAUAGCAAACCUAUAUCUACAACUACAUAAUAUACCCAAUACUUUACGAACCUCAAAUCACAGCAAUCAUGGAUCUCCAAGGACAGCCCAUCGGUGCCUCCAGAAGCACUAAGGUCACUACCGACCCCCAAGCCUACCAGCAACCCAUCAGCGAAUCUUCCGGCCCCGUCCCUAACGACUCUCUCGCUGCCGAAUCAUCCACCCACGGCGGUGCCUUCUCUCAAAACCGCGGUGCCGAACCCCUCGGUGUAUCUGGCACCCAAUCUACCCUUAACAACACUAACACCUCUGGUGCAACCACACUCCCCUCAGCCGCAGUCGGCACCGCCCGUGAGAAUCUCGACAGACAAGAAAAGUACCCCGAAGCUCUCGGCGGCCAGGGCAACUUCCCCGGCACCCACUUGGCCCAAGGCGGCUACACGGGCGGCCCAACAGCCGCAAAGCAGGGUCUGGACAUCGGUUCUGGCCAGGGCUCUUCACAUAAGGUCGGCGGCGGUGCUGGCGCCAGCGGAAGCGGCUACCAGAGCCAGUACAACGCGGGCCAGGCUCCCUCGUAUGUGAGCGAUGUAACCGAGCAGCUUGGAAACACGAAGCCGCAUGGCAAGAACAUCCAGGAGGGUGGUUUUGACAGCGACCCCAAGUACAACGCUAGCUUCAACAACCAGAUCGGCAACAAGCAGGAUCCUGGUCGGGCUGGUUUGAAUGACCUCCAGUAUCGGGUGGCUCAGAGUGGCCCCGAUGCUGGUGGUGGUCCCAGACAGAAGGGUGUUGACAACCAGCAGCCCUACGACGCGUUGGAGCGGGAUCAGCGCGCAUAAAAGUGAUUUGUUAUGACGGGAAUGAUGAAUUAUGGUGUUUCAACUUAUGAGCAUGUUUCUUAUUUCACUUUGGGAUGCAUUAUCUGUAUAAUAGAUGACUAUUGAGACAAAACGCACAUGUCUUAAAAAUAAGUAUGAAUUGAAUAGGGCGGUAUGGUAAAGCAUUCACCAUGCAGGAGUC